AGGUGUGGGCAGACUGAACUGGCAACGCAGCUGUGAGCAGGUGAUUUGACAUUUCGUCUGGAAUGUCUACGUAUCGAAACAAGUGUUUAGACUUAAUAUUGGGCAGGAACUUCUAAAAAGACUGCUCAGUGAGCCACGCUUGUUCAUCUGACGUCACCUUUGUCGGCAAAUAGCUUAUUAUCCAUUGUUUGAUAUGCUACGGUGAUCUUAUCGUCAUGGCCAAAGUAAUCUAGAAGAUGCCAUUAGGAAUAAAUGAGAAUGAUAGAGAGGAGAAACUAAACAUCUUGCGUGAGGAUAAAUUACAUUUUGAAGAAAUGUGGCUGCCAUCCAUUGAGGCCAGCAGCCUGGCUGUGGAAGAUGUUGCAAGAAAAUUAGACACUAAUAUGAUUUCUGGCCUGACUUGGGCCGAGGCAGAAAGAAGAAAAGCCAUGUUUGGAGCUAACGAGCUUGUUGUUAAAAAUGAAGAUCCCAUUUGGAGGAAGUACAUGGAGCAGUUUCAAAAUCCGCUUAUCCUCCUCCUGCUUGGCUCUGCUUUUGUCAGUGUCUGCAUGAAACAGUUUGAUGAUGCUGUCAGCAUCACUGUGGCCAUCUUAAUUGUUGUGACGGUGGCUUUUGUCCAGGAAUACAGGUCUGAGAAGUCAUUGGAAGCGCUGACGAAGCUCAUACCACCAUCAUGUCACUGCAUCCGCGAAGGCCAGGUUCACACUUUUUAUGCCAGAGACCUAGUGCCAGGUGACAUUGUGCUGCUAAACUUAGGCGCACAGGUACCGGCUGAUUUGAGGCUAUUUGAGACUAUCGAAUUGUCCAUCGAUGAGAGCAGUUUUACUGGAGAAACGGAACCAGUAAUAAAGCAAACAAAAAGACGCAAAACAGAUGAAAACAAGUCAACUUGGGAAACCAUGGCCUAUAUGGGCACCUUGGUUCGUUGUGGCUCUGGAAAAGGCAUCGUCGUAUCGACCGGUGACCGCUCUGAUUUUGGUCAAAUGUUUCGAUUAAUGCAAGCAGUGGAAUCACCAAAAACUCCACUACAAGAGAGCAUGGAUAAGCUUGGAAAGCACUUGUCCUACAUUUCUUUUGGCAUUAUCGGUUUCAUCAUGUUAGCCGGCUGGCUGCAAGGCAAACCGUUGAUGGAUAUGUUCAACAUUGGCGUUAGCUUAGCUGUUGCUGCCAUCCCUGAGGGUCUACCGAUAGUCGUAACGGUUACAUUGGCACUUGGCGUUACUCGUAUGGCCAAACGGAACGCCAUUGUCAAGAAGAUUCCUACAGUUGAAACUCUAGGGUGCGUGAACGUCAUCUGCUCAGAUAAAACAGGCACACUAACCAAGAAUGAAAUGACGGUUACAAAUAUCGUAACAUCGGAUGGGUGGCGAGCACAGGUUACCGGUUCAGGCUACAACAACAUUGGAGGCGUUCAAAUCCAGGACAGUUCAAGUGACCCAGAAACAGCGCAAAUGGCUCGCAGUUCAAUUUAUAACGUUCUAGAAGUUGGAUGUGUCUGUAAUAAUGCCGCAAUAAGCCCAGAAGGGACCUUACGCGGUCAGCCAACUGAAGGAGCCCUAUUAGCAGCUGCCAUGAAAUUCGGCAUGCAUGCUUGCAGUUCAAACUACCAUCGUCUGCAAGAAUAUCCCUUUAAUUCAGAAAUGAAAAUCAUGACUGUGCGCUGUAUGCCUCGUGCUGCACACAAUGAAACGCGUCAAGAAAUCUUCUUUUCCAAAGGAGCUAUCGAAAAGAUUUUGCAGUACUGUUCGAAGAUUCACUACCAAGGCCACUGCGUGCCUUUGACAGUCGAACAACAACAGCGAGUACUGAGCGAAGCCCGGCAGCUAGCAACGCAUGGACUUCGGGUGAUUGGCAUGGCACGCGGAGAUUCCAUGGAAGCGAUGGAAUUUCUCGGAAUGGUGGGCCUGCACGAUCCGCCGCGACCUCAAGUGCGCCAGGCCGUUGACAUUUUCCAUAGCACGGGGGUUCAAGUGGUGAUGGUGACUGGUGAUGCUAUGGAGACGGCCGUGUCGAUUGCCGAUAUGCUGGGCAUUUACCGGCCAAACACUACUUCAGUUUCCGGAGAGCAAUUGGACGCUAUGGCCGAUGAUGAACUGAGGGACCGCGUCAUGGACGUCUCUGUAUUUUAUCGUGUCACACCUCGCCAAAAGCUCCGGAUUGUGCAAGCUUUUCAAUCUGUUGGUGCUGUGGUGGCUAUGACGGGUGAUGGAGUCAACGACUGUGUGGCGCUCAAAGCGGCUCAUAUCGGUAUUGCAAUGGGAAAGAAUGGUACCGAUGUAUCCAAAGAAGCGGCUGAUAUGAUCCUCGUAGACGAUGAUUUUUACACAAUCAUGGCGGCGGUCGAAGAAGGUAAAGGCAUCUUUUACAACAUCCGCAACUUUAUCCGCUUCCAGCUUAGUACAAGUAUCGCUGCCCUGUCGCUUAUCACCAUCACUACAUUGGCUGGACUUCCCAAUCCGCUCAACGCCAUGCAAAUUCUGUGGAUCAAUAUUUUAAUGGAUGGACCUCCAGCUCAAAGUCUCGGCGUUGAACCCGUCGACAAAGAUGUCAUCCGACAACCUCCACGCAGUAGUAAACAAUCAAUGAUCGAUCGAUCUCUCAUCGCGAAUGUAUUAGUUUCCGCAGCUAUCAUCGUUGUUGGUACCCUUUUCGUGUUCCAGCGCGAAUUGCAAGACAACAAACUGACGCCACGAGACACGACCAUGACGUUCACCUGUUUUGUGUUGUUUGAUUUGUUUAACGCAUUAAGUUGUCGUUCGCAAGACAAAUCUGUUUGGGAGAUAGGGCUUGGAACAAAUCGACUCUUCAUAGCAGCCGUGGCAUUGUCUAUUUGCGGACAGUUGCUGGUCAUCUACUUCGCACCACUGCAGUGGGUUUUCCAGACGGAAGCCCUUCAUUUCCAGGACUUUGCCUUCCUGACGGCCAUCACCUCCAGUGUCUUAAUUGUGUCCGAAGUGAAAAAAUGGAUCCAAAGACACCCGCCUUUUCGACUCAGCCCUCGGAUUACCAAAGGGCGCAGUCGUUCCGAUUUGAUCUAACGAAAUCUAUUUCAACCAUAAAACCACCUUCUUGCUGUCAAUCUCUUGCUUUUUUAUUCGAUUUCAUUUUCCAUUAAUAUUUGUUAUGGUAUUCGUUUGACGAGUCAAUAGAUUGCCAAGAGAACAGAA